AUCGCUGCUGAAUCUGAUGAACGCGAUUAAAUCCGUGAUUGCUGGUGAAUAACGUGCUCGUGUGGAGGAUGAAGAGCUGGAUGAUGCUGAAGUGAUCCUCUGGUUGUCGCACUCGGUGUGUGUUUGUGUCGGUGGUCCGGAGGGCGGAGCUGCGGGUCUCUGCGCCCCCGGUACCGACGGACACACCGAUCACUGCUGGGCGGAAGAGCGUCAUUUGAGCAGAAAACAGACCGCGAGAGAAGCAGCGCGGACGGAUAUCAGGCGCGGAUCGAGAGUGAUUUCUCUUUCGUCUGCAGCGGGAUGGUUUUAAACGCGGACGCCCGACACGAGCGCGAUCCGCCCGCUACACCGGCCGAGCGUCACUGAAGCACCAUCCGCCCUCCGCGACGCGUCCGACCGCUCCGAUGGGAACAAAAGCCUCGCUUUCACCUCCACCCUGAGACCGCAUCCGCAAUGAACAACUAGAGGAGCGUCAGGCGAUGGGAUGAAAAUGAGACGUCACAGGGUUUUCUUGAUUUGCACCGUGGGACUGUGUGUCAUUUCCUUCCUGCAUUACUACAAGGCUCUCCACUACGUGUCCCUGCUGAGGGAGUUGUCUGCACCUUACCCUAACAUCAAAUCCUUCAUCAUGGUCACUGGUUUCUUCUGGAAGGAGGGCACCACCCCGCUGUCCAGUGCGUCUCCAGAGGAAGGCCCUCCGCUGCUGCACAGGCUGUCGGACAGCAAGCCCCGGACCGGAGGAGGCCUGGUGCUCGACACCGGACAAGAACCUGAAGCACCACAGCCGUGGAAGAGACCUGAAGAUCCGCAGCACAGGAGCUUGGGCCCUACAGAGGUCCAUAAGGGAGGUUUGAUCGCCUGGAAGCCCAGCAGCCCGACCAACCAGAAGCCCGACCCGCAGAGAGACUCUGCAGUCAGAGACUCGUUGAACAAGCUUCAGCUGCAUCACACAUCGACUCCGGACCCGCUGGAAUCCCUGGGCGACCUGCACCGACGCACCCAUGUCCUCCAGAAUGACCGCACUCCUUAUUUCGUCCGCACCAAAGCAGGCGCUCUGUGCUUCCGUCAGGGGACGGAGGUGGCACCGCCUAAAGACGAAACACUGAAAGCGAGACCCAGCUUAGCUGGAAUCGGCCAGCGGAGAAUAUUGCAGAAGCCUGACGAGUCACACACCUCAGCAAAAUCAGUGGAGGAGUCCGGAGCUCCUCUAGGGAAACCCAAGCGGGGCAAGCGGCUGGUGAAGUGCGUUUGUCGGCCGGGGUGGCAUGGUCCUUACUGUGGAGUGCCCACUAUGGUGUACCACUCCAAUCUGCCCACGAAAGAGAGACUGACCCCCCGUGAGACGCCUCGACGUGUCAUAAACGCCAUCAACGUGAACCAUGAGUUUGACUUGUUGCAUGUGCGCUUCCGUGAGCUCAUCCGGGCCGUGGAUCUCUUCCUCGUGUGCGAAUCCAACUUCACAGCAUACGGGGAGAGGCGUCCGCUGAGGUUCCUGCACCUGAUGCUCAACGGAACGUAUGAUUACGUGCGCCACAAGAUCCUCUACGUCUUCCUGGACCAUUUCCCAGACGGCGGCCGACAGGAUGGAUGGAUCGCCGAUGACUACCUGCGCACGUUCCUGACUCACGAUGGCAUGGCGCGGAUCAGGGGUGUGCGGUCUGAUGAUGUUUUUCUAAUCAAUGAUGCAGAUGAAAUUCCAGCUCAGGAAGGAGUCCUUUUCCUUAAGCUUUUCGAUGGCUGGACGGAGCCUUUUGCCAUCCACAUGCGGAAGUCCCUGUAUGGAUUUUUCUGGAAGCAGCUGGGCUCCCUCGAGGUGGUGUCCGGAUGCACCGUCGGGAUGCUGAGAGACGUCUACGAUAACGAUGGGAUUCGGCUACGGAGGCGGGAGUACUACACCAUGCCAGGAUUCCGGAAGUACGAGAAUGACACCGGACACAUCUUGGUGCAGUGGUCGGUCGGAAGUCCGUUCCAUUUCGCAGGCUGGCACUGCUCCUGGUGUUUCACACCAGAGGGAAUUCACUUUAAACUCAUUUCAGCCCAGAAUGGGGACUUUCCUCGCUGGGGUGACUACGAAGACAAACGUGAUCUCAACUACAUAAGGGAGCUGAUCCGAACGGGGGGCUGGUUUGACGGCUCUGUGCAAGAGUACCCACCCUCGGACCCUAAGGAGCACAUGUACGCCCCCAAAUACAUGUUGGAUAAUUACGAUCACUACCGCUACUUGUUGGAGAACCCUUACGCCAAGCAGUCCAACCUAGGAGGCAUGUAGAGCAGAAUGAGGGCCAAAGUUUGUAAAGAUGGUCUAAUUGAAGACAGUAAGGAAGGGGAACAGAGAGGGAGAGAAGACACCGCUGUCUUGUUCCUCUCUUUCCUCUCUCUCUUAUUGGUCCCAGCAUCCAACACCGUCCAAUAGCUAAAGUCUUCUUGUGAACACAGGCCUUGCAGAAACCAACAGCAAUCCUUUCUGUUUUGGUCAAUGUUUACAUGAAUGAUUCCUAGCGUUCUUUGAGAGACCCUGCAAUAUACGCCUCCUGUGUCCACUGUACAAGACUGCGUGUGUGUGUGUGUGUGUGUGUGUGUGAGAGAGAGAGAGAGAGAGACAGAGUGAAUGUGUGUGUGUGAUCAGACUGAAUUCCAUUGGUGCACAGACUUUCUUGCUUGCACUUCAAAAUCUAAAUCAAAAAAGAAAACUCAUUGCUCAAAUGUCACAUUUUUGGGUUUGUUGACAGCUUGUAAAUUCCUUCAAACUCAAACGUCUUUUUCCUCGGUCAGAAAAAAAUCUUUAUGUAUCAUUGUGAGCUGUUCUGAAUGAGUUUGUGGACGAGAGAUAGAAAGAGACCAUUCGAGAGAAACAGGGCUCUGUUUGAGCUCUGCUGGGUUCUGAUGGAGCUGAUAUGUAUGAUUGUGCCGAUCGAGGUCCACACAAAUUAGUUUCCUGUUUGAGAAAUCCUUGCGGAAAACAUCCUAAAACUGGUAAAAGAGCUGUUUUCAGAUCAGAUAUUUAGUUCAAACAGUUGUUAAUGUGAACCACCCAUGAAUGGGGAGAUGGCAGAUAAAAAUAAGACAGACAGAGACUGGCAACAUUUUAAGGCAUUAUAGCCGCAUUCCGACACAAAGGUUGUUCCAAAUCAUGUUCUGCCUUCUAAUAUCCCUUCUUUUGGCCAAAUUUAUCAUUCUAAAUCUUUUCCAGAGAAGGCAUGAUCCAAGAAUGCAUUGUGACAGUCUACUUGGAAAAAAAAAUCCAUCCAAGAUGGCAAACAAAGACUUGCUGAUUAUAAAUGCAAUGUGUUCAAUACAGAGAAGCAUUGAUAUAAACAGUUCAGUCCAAUGUGUAUGUUCAAUAGCGUCCCGUUGUUAGCCUAGCAACAUGCAUCACACUUGACUGGAAUCAGCAAUGCAGCUCACUGUGUUUUGGAACAGAGCCAUGUAGUGUUUGGUGAUCUUGGCUCUCUCAUGCUUUCAUUUUAAGUCAGAGCUGGAAACAGUUUCUUAUGAAAUCUUGUGCUGGAAGUUCCCUGUUCUCAGAGCUGUGAAGCCAUCUGAAUGCAUUCGAGAUCCAUGGGGAACUACAUUUACACAGCGGCACCAGAGAUCUGAAGAGUAGCGGAAGAUUUGACGGGGAUUGUUGUAGGAUAAUUCA